GGCGCAGACCUUAUGAUGUCAUAUUUCUGCGCCGGUUUAAAUAACUAAAAAAAUAAUUUCCCCCGAACUAUUUCGCAGGCAAUGCUUCUUCAAAACACGAGCACGUCUCCUGAUUUAACCACAGUACUUUUUUCGACCAACGGUCCUGAAAUUUAACCAACCAAACCAAUUUGUGCAACGUGAACUUCAACAAACGUCGGACUGGGAACCUGACAUAACCUGGCAAUAUUCGUUCCGGGCAAAAUUCUGUAAAACGACACAACGUGGAAGGAAAGCUAGAAAAAAACGUGUUUCGUAGAGCCGUCAUUAUGAUCUGUUUCCCUUUACAAUCUAACGCGACAUAGGCUCAUUUGGAAAUAUAGUACUGUCUUUGUACCGCAACAGUUUGCUGACCGAGUGGCUGAUUAGCUCGAAGCGUGCUAACAGCAUGGCUAACACGAUGCAAGAUUCGGUGGAACUUCACGGAGACGAAGAAAUAAUUGAAGUUAUCGAGCUUAACGAGACCGAAAACCAUCCAGAUAACUUGGCAGACAAUUUGGAGGACAUUGACUUCAAAGAGGCAAGCGAUUCAAAUGACGAUUCAUAUGGUGAUUCAAAUGACGAUUCAUAUGACGAUGAAAACUCGGACACAGAGGUUGAAAUGGAAACGGGGUACGAGCGGGAUGAUAGCGAGCUAACCUUCUCCAAACACACCGGCUCUGUGUUCUGUGUGAGCUUGGAUCCAGUCACCAACAACUUGGCAGUGACGGGAGGAAAAGAUGAUAAGGCGUAUGUGUGGGCGGUGAGCGAUGGUGAAGUUGUCUUGGAGUGCACAGGUCACAAAGACUCCGUCACGUGUGCUGGGUUCAGCCACGACUCCUCGCUUGUGGCUUCAGGUGACAUGAGUGGCCUGAUUAAAGUCUGGAAAGUGGAGACGAAAGAAGAGAUCUGGUCUUUCGAAGUUGGUGAUCUGUGGUGGUUGGAAUGGCACCCAUUUGCUCCAGUGCUCCUGGCAGGAACAGAUGACGGUAACAUGUGGAUGUGGAAGAUCCCCAGUGGAGAUUGUAAAACCUUUCCGGGUUCCGGAUCCCGGGCCACCACUGGCAAAGUCUUUCCUGAUGGUAAACGCGCUGUUGUGGGUUAUGAAGAUGGAACUGUGCGCUUGUGGGACUUGAAGCAGGGCAACAGCAUACACGUCAUUAAAGGUCAGGAUGGACAUCAGGGGGCGCUGACAUGUCUUGCAUGCAGUAAAGACGGCGCUUUGGUACUAACGGGCUCGCUGGAUGGUUGUGCUAAGCUCAUCAAUACUGCUACAGGCAAGGUCGUGGGCAUGUUCUCUUUGAACGGGGGCAAAGCGGAAGAUUCUAAGGAUGAGGAGGACUCCAACGCAGUAGAAUCGGUGGGAUUCUGCAAUGUCCUCCCGCUCUUCGCUGUGGGUUACUUGGAUGGUACUUUGGCCAUCUAUGAUAUUUCCACGCAGGUCCUGCGACACAGCUGCAGGCAUGAGGGUGGCGUUGUCUGCCUGAAGUGGAACGAGUCUUCUUCGCUGGUGUCCACCUGCAGUUUAGACGGAGCGCUACGCCAAUGGGACGCUCGCACAGGCAACAUGGUGUCAGAGUUUCGCGGUCACACUUCGCAGAUCUUAGAUUUCACAAUGAACAGGGAAGCAACGGUAGCAGUCACUGCCUCCGAUGACAAACGAGCCAAAGUCUUCUUCCUCUAAAUACAUGAUUGAUAAAAAAUGAGAGGGAGGGAGGGAGGGAGGGAGGGAGGGAG